ACUCAUUUUAAAGUUGGACUUUCAUUUAGCUUGGACACAACUCAUUUGUGGUUGUACUGAGCUCUUUGUUAAUUAGACUCAUUUUAAAUUUCAUUAUAAUACUCUGAAGUCACUACUGUAGUAGGCCUAGGCUAGCAAUAGAGUGCGUUCUGUUUUACUGUGUUGCAUGUAUUGUCCGUUUAGUUAGUGAAACCCUUUUUACUCCGCCCAACACAGGAUGUAAUGUUCUCCAGCACAAGGUUCUCAGUGUUGUGCCUAUCGCAGUCUAUCUGCUGUUGUUACAUUCAAGAGCAACAAUGUCACGUUGGAAGGAUAUGAAUAAGGAUGAGCUAGAGAGGCAGUUCUCGCCCAGCCAGUGGUCGCACAGAAUGUCAGCAGACGACGUUAUCAAAUCCCACGUGACGGCGCUCAAAGAAGGUACGGAGCGUGCCCGUGGCCUGGCCCAGACCCUUCUCAACGUUCCCUAUGGAGAAGGAGAGGGGGAGAAACUCGACGUCUAUGUUCCCACCACCACUUCUCUAGAUGUCCCACUGGUAAUCUACCUCCACGGAGGCUACUGGCAGUUCCUUAGUAAGGAGGAGUCCGGGUUUAUGGCUGUCCCAUUGGUCCAUAAGGGCGUCGUGGUGGUCGCCGUGGGUUACGACAUCGCUCCCAAAGGGAACAUGGAUGUGAUGGUGUCUCAGGUGCGGAGGAGUGUGGUGUCCGUCAUUCAACAGUAUUCACACAUUAGUGGUCUGUACCUGUGUGGCCACUCUGCGGGGGCCCACCUGGCUGCUAUGAUCCUCUCUACAGACUGGUCUCAGUACAGUGUGACCCCUCAGAUCAAAGGUGCUUUCCUGGUCAGUGGUAUAUAUGACCUCCUGCCCAUCCUGUCCACCUAUGUCAACGAGCCUCUGAAAAUGACAGAAGAGGUGGCUCUGAGGAACAGUCCUAGUCAGCUGGUUCCGCAGCUCAAACUCUCCUCCUCCAACUGUGACAUCGUGGUUGCCGUGGCGCAGAACGACUCGCCAGAGUUCCGGAAGCAGUCGGAGGACUACUACAAAGCUCUGGAGUCAACAGAAGGACUGAAGGUAACAUUGGAGGACGUUCCAAACACAGAUCACUUCAACAUCAUCGAGCAGCUAGUCGACGGAGACUACCACCUCACUCAGCUGCUGUUAAAGAUGAUGGGGAAGAGCUAAAGAGAUACAGGGACACCGGCCAAUCAAUGAAGAGAUACAGGGACACUGGCCAAUCAUUGAAGAGAUACAGGGACACCAGACAAUCAUUGAAGAGAUACUGGGACACUGGCCAAUCAUUCAUUUACAUAUCAAACACAAACACCUCUGUUCUGAACCACAUCUAGAGGCGCCACACACCAGUUAUUAUGGACUGAUGGCUAUUGGCUAAACAAGGUGGUUAGGUAACAGGUAUUAAGUCCAAAAAAAAAUAAAAAAUGCAUGAAAUUAAA